AUGGAACCCGAACCCUCGGGGCAUCGGCGGCGGAGGAGCAGUGUGAUGAAUACGUUGGAUGGUAGCCUCCCUGGGAUACCCAACCGGACCUCAUUGUCGCCCACUAAGAGAGAUCCAAUACAAGAAGAGCCCAAGGCCGUGGACAGUCUGCUGGAGGAUGACACCAUGAGCAUCAGUGAGGAGCUGGAGCUGGAUGACUUCUCAGAUGAAGGGUUGGAGGAUGAUGAAGAGACCGGCUUGACGGGGAAACAUAGAGGAAGGAGAAGGCGGCGGAAGAGGAGGAACACACUCCUGGACCAAAGGAUUGCUGGCGAUGUACAGAUCACCGAGGAGGAGAAGAAAGAGGCAGACCGAUAUGUGUUCAAGAAUGGCAUGAUCAACGCUUUAUUAAUUGGCAUGUGGUAUGUGUUUUCGUUAUCUAUAUCAAUUUACAACAAAUGGAUGUUCUCAGAGGAGCAUCUCGAUUUCCACUUCCCGCUAUUCACGACAUGUACCCAUAUGCUGGUGCAGUUCUCCCUGUCGUCCCUUGUUCUCUACUUCCUCCCGCGCUUCCGGCCGCGGUACAACUCUAUUUCGAACCCCGAAAACACACACAAUGAAGAUUCGGAUCCUGCCCAGCAUGAAACAGACUCGAAAAAGCCGCUGAUGACUCGAAUGUUCUACUUUACGCGCAUAGGGCCUUGCGGCGUGGCUACGGGGCUUGAUAUUGGAUUGGGCAAUACGAGCUUGAAAUUCAUUACCCUUACGUUCUAUACUAUGUGUAAAUCAUCCUCUUUGGCAUUCGUUCUAAUCUUUGCCUUCUUAUUCCGGCUCGAAAUUCCCUCAUGGCGCCUUGUUGGAAUCAUUGCCACGAUGACUAUUGGGGUAGUGAUGAUGGUAGCUGGCGAAGUCGACUUCUCGGCGCUGGGCUUCAUUUUAGUCAUCUCUGCCGCCUUCUUUUCUGGCUUCCGCUGGGGCCUGACGCAAAUCCUACUCUUACGCAAUCCCGCAACAUCAAAUCCAUUCUCCUCCAUCUUUUUCCUAGCUCCAGUCAUGUUCGUCUCGCUUCUUAUACUCGCCAUUCCUGUCGAGGGCUUUCCCGCGCUACUGGAAGGACUCAAGCUCCUCAUCGCGACGAAAGGACAGAUCCUCGGCCCCUGCCUGUUGCUUUUCCCUGGAAUUAUAGCCUUCUGCAUGACUGCGUCUGAAUUUGCACUACUUCAACGGACCUCGGUCGUGACACUCUCUAUCGCAGGCAUAUUCAAAGAAGUCGUCACAAUCUCCGCUGCGGCAAUUGUUUUUGGGGAUACGCUAACCCCAAUUAACAUAUCGGGCCUUUUCGUUACCAUCGGCGCCAUCGCUGCAUACAAUUAUAUUAAGAUCACAAAGAUGAGGGAAGAAGCCCAGUUGGAGGCGCAUAAACAUCACUUAAUAGCACAAGGCAUAGGUAGCGAAAGUGAAGCUGACGCUGAAAGUGAAGAUUCGGAGGAGGAGGAUUGGAAUACAACGGAGAGGGUAAUGGUUACGGCUGACGGUGACAUAAUACCUAGCCCGGGUCCUUCGAAGUUUAAGCGAGGGGAGAGUUCAACUUCUAACGGCCAGGUCGGUCGUUCGGUCGAGCCACGUUGA